AUGUUAAUAGCACUUACCAUUCUCAUAACUGCCAUCAUUCUUACAUGCUUAAGAGCUACACUCAUUGAUCCUACUGACAGUAUAGUUUUGAAGGAGCGCAACGCCAAAUCGAAAGGGUGUAUCAUUAUUUGUAUUUUAGAUUGGAAUUCUAAACAGAUAUUAAGACCUAUUGUUUGAUUUGCCAAGCACAUGUGAUCUAAACAUCCAAGCAUUGUUUUAGUUGCAACAAGUAAACAUAAUUGAUUAAUAAGGUGUGUUGAAGGUUUUGACCAUCACUGCAUAUGGUUAAAUAAUUGCAUUGGCAUUAAGAACUACAAGUACUUUUUCAUCUUGGUUGUACUUCUUGUAAUUUUCAAAUGUUUGAGAAUCACGCAAGAUGUUCUCCUCUUACAAAAAAAUGCAUUCUAAGUUCUUGCUUUCAUCAGCAUCAUUCUUGACCCUCCAAUCCUCAUUGUUCUCUCUUAUUUACUAGGAAUGCACCUUUACUUUAAGUAACCAAUUAUUGUAUGUAUAGAUACAAAGGUAUUUCGACCUAUGAUUGGAUUAAGAGACAAAGAGACAAAUAGAAUUUGAAAUCAUAGUAACAGCAAUCCCUACCAAAAACGAAUGAAAGUGUGGGCUAUGGAUAACUGUUGUCCACUUCUAAGCGCUUUGAUUUUAAAUGCUCCCUCUCAAAUAAGACUGAUAACAAAGUUCCUUAAUAAAAUUUCUUCCCAAAAGCCUCUUAGGCUCCUUAGAAUAACUCCGCCUCAACCAUUUAAGUCACUCAAUUAUAGAGUAUCUUUACGAUUAAACCUACAUCUCCCAACAACAAUAAAUAGUUAAGAAAGGAGGAGGAUGAAAGGGAUGGAAGAUAAAUAUUUAAUAAGAUCAUCACCGAGGAUAGUGAUGCACCUGAAAAUGUCGAUCCAAGGGAUGAUGAAAUUUAAUCUGAGAAUGAUAGUUAACAUUAGCAAUCUGAAAAAGAGUAAAAUUGA